GUUGUUGUUUUAUUGUUAUGUUGUUAUUUGUUGCCUGAUGUGCAGCUAUGUAAGUGAUGUGUAUCAUUUGAAGCGUUUUCCUUACAUGUAGCUGUUACGACGUUGUUGACAGAAGUGUUAAACGGUACCCACCUAUUUUCGUGGAAAAUGCCUCUACAAGAACCUUCUGUUCACCUUCCAUUUGGUCCGCCACCUGUUUUGCCCCUCGUCGACAAGCAGCUAAAAGAGUUUAUUCUUAGCCCAGAAGAAUUACCCAUUCAUGACUACCGUUUCACUCAGCAACAUUGGGGACGGACCCCGGAACCUCAUACACUUCUCAAUAUUGAAUCUGCUCCAUUAGGCACCACUUUAAAGGUAAGAAGAGAUCUGGCUGUUGGGGAGAUCAUAGAUUUCGUUGAAGUUGGUUUUGAUGAGAGCACCGAAGCAUCCAAAGCUAUAUCUGAAGCUCGAGAACCAUUAUGGGCAGGGCAGUUUUUAGAAUCAGAGGACCUCUUUCUUCAAGCCUCUACUCAGAACUUAAACUUAGAUGAUGAUUUAAGCAGUGUGCCUCCUGGAUUUCAUCGUGGUAUAGAAUUUGACGCUGAUGGGUUUACUCCUAUUGGUUUUGAGGCAAGAGGAGAUGUACCAAACCAACAUGAAAACAGUGAAAGUAGAGUUUCAGAGCCUGCUGCUGCAAUUGACUCAGCACCAAGCACACUUAUUAACCUAAUGGAUCUUGUGGAAAAAGAGCAAGAGCUCCUCAGUGAAAGUAUGCCUUCAAAAACAGAAACUGAGGCUCCAAGUAAUGAAUUGACUUCACCUUCUACUAAUGAAGUUGAACAAGACAGCGAUAUUAUUCCGAAAGAUGUUCCAGUACUGAAGAUAAAAGACACUGUGCCUCUUAAACACAACAAGUUUCAAUGGGCUGAAAUUCUUGAUGUCAGCCAGCCUGUGACUGACUUCCAUGAACAUGUUCCAAACAUGGCCCAUAAGUAUGAAUUUGAGCUUGACAUUUUUCAAAAGCAAGCUGUCAUGAAACUUGAGGAGCGAUGUGAUGUGUUUGUUGCCGCUCAUACAUCUGCUGGUAAAACAGUUGUUGCAGAAUAUGCUAUAGCUCUGUCUAUGAAACAUAUGACAAAGGCAAUUUAUACCUCUCCUAUUAAGGCUCUAUCUAAUCAGAAAUAUCGAGACUUUCGGCAUACAUUUGGUGAUGUUGGUCUUAUAACAGGUGAUUGGAAAAUUAAUGAAACAGCUUCAUGCUUGAUCAUGACAACUGAGAUUUUGCGUUCUAUGUUGUACUGCCGCAGUGAUGUUGUGCCUGAUUUAGAAUAUGUGAUAUUUGAUGAAGUUCAUUACAUAAAUGACUCAGACCGUGGUCAUGUGUGGGAGGAAGUUCUCAUCAUGCUGCCACCUAGUGUGUCAAUUGUGAUGCUCAGUGCUACAGUGCCCAAUACAUUAGAGUUUGCUCAAUGGGUUGGUCGCACUCGCCAAAAAAAAGUUCAUGUUAUAACAACACCCAAGCGUCCUGUUCCACUGGAGCAUUAUCUGUACACAGGCACUGGCGGCAGCUCUAAAGAUGAUCGGUUUCUUAUUAUGGAUGGUCAAGAAAAUUUUCUUCUUGAAGGAUAUCGAAAAGCCGAAAUGUCUCGAGAGAAGAAGCCAUCAGCAAAACCAAUGCCUCAAGGUAGAAACCCGCCAAAACAGCAAUAUUGGAACCUGAACAAAGAAAAGACCAUGUGGAUAGCAUUGGUUGAUCAUUUAAGGAAGAGAGAAGAACUUCCUGUCGUAGCCUUUACUCUCUCACGCAAUCGCUGUGAUAACAAUGCAGAGGAGCUGAGAAGCUUGGACCUUACAGUAGGCACUGAGAAAGCAAAAAUAAAUGGUUUCAUUCACAGGUGUAUUCAGCAGCUACAAGAUGCUGAUAAAAAUCUUCCUCAAGUGGUUAGGAUGAAAGAUUUGUUGCUUCGAGGUAUUGGAGUUCAUCAUAGUGGAAUUCUGCCAAUUUUGAAAGAAAUUGUAGAAAUGCUCUUUCAAGAUGGUUUGGUAAAAUUGCUGUUUGCAACUGAAACUUUUGCUAUGGGUGUGAAUAUGCCAACAAGAUCAGUUAUCUUUGACUCCAUUCGUAAAUAUGAUGGUGUUGAGUGGAGACAUCUAUAUCCUGGAGAAUACAUUCAAAUGGCAGGUAGAGCUGGAAGGAGAGGUAAAGAUCGUGUUGGAAAUGUUAUUAUUUUAUGCAAAGGGGAAAUACCUAAAGAGGUUGACUUAAGAAAUAUGAUGAAAGGUAAACCAACUGCACUCCAAUCAAAAUUCCGUUUGACAUACAAAAUGAUGCUGAACUUGCUUAGAAGAGAGAACCUGAAGGUAGAAGAGAUGAUGUCUCGUAGUUUUAAGGAGAGUAAUGUGCAAGAGACUAAAGAAAAAAUAAUAACUGAAUUAAAAACGGUGGAAGAGGAGAUAAAGAGGAAGGGUGAAUUGUCAAGUGCUUCUCCCCAUUCACAGCUACUGAUUCGUUUCUGUGAGAAGUCCUUAGAUUUUCUUUUGGAUUGGAAUCAAAUACAGCGUGAAGUUAUGGAGAGAUGUAGUGCAAAAUAUCUAACAACUGGAAGAGUUGUCCUUGUCACUUAUCAAGAACACUGCAACAAGAUAGGAGUGAUCCUGAUGUCAGAGAGUGUGAAAAGGGAACAAGUUUAUCGGGUGCUUGUUCUGUGUCAUGCAAAUGAAACGCUACGCGAAAAUCCUCUGACAGAAAGGGAAAAUGAAGAAUGUGAUGAGGUGAACAAACUGUUAUCUUUUGCUUGGCCUCAAAAGUAUUUUGUUCCUGAAGGAUCUGGUGGUCAUACCCUCAUUCAAGUAAAAGGAAAGGAUAUUCUUGAAGUUUCUAAUCAGGUUUUGGAUGUGAAAAAUAUAACUUAUAUCAAACAGGAUUGGGAGAAACGUCAAAUGCCCCGUUUCAGGGAUGCACCUGUUGGUCAGAUGUGUGCACAGUUAGUUCAGGAUCUCUCACAGCUCAUGCAUAGUGUAGCAGCUGGUGAAAAUGUGAUUUCUUGGCUGAAUCCAGUACAAGAUAUGAAAGUUAAUGAUAUCAAUCUGGCACCUGAAAUCCGAAGACUUGAAAUUAUUCGCCAGGAACUCUCUACUGAUCCAUGCACGAGUUUUGCCAACUUAGAGGAUGAGGUUAGAGACAUUUAUUCAUAUUUAAAACUGCAACAAAAAAAGAAAAAUUUGAAGUAUACUAUUUCAUAUCAAAGCAUGACCCUUUAUCCAGACUACUUGAACCGUCUCAAUGUUUUGAAGAGACUGCGAUACAUAGAUGACCAUGAUACAGUGGAGCUAAAAGGCAAGGUAGCUUGUGAGAUGAGCAGCCAUGAGCUGAUGAUUACAGAGUUGGUAAUGGAAGGUGUUCUAACAAAUUUGCCUACUGCGGAAAUUGCUGCCCUGCUUUCAUGUCUUGUUUUUCAACACAAAACUGAUAGAGAGCAGACGUUGACAAAGAGUCUUGAGCAAGGUAUAGAAGAAAUAGAACGUAUCCACAGGGGUAUAGAAGAUGUGGAGAGAGCUUUCAAAGUUGGUGUAGAGGACCCUAGUUGUGAGAGUGAAAACCAGCUUAACUUUAAAUUAGUGCAAGUUGUUUAUGAAUGGGCCAAAGCAAAGCCAUUUGCAGAAAUUAUGCAGCUUACUGACAUUCAGGAGGGAAUUAUAGUAAGGUGUAUUCAGCAAUUACAUGAAACGCUGCAAGAUGUAAAAAGAGCAGCACGAAUUUAUGGUGACCCUAAGUUGAGCAAUAAAAUGGAUGAAGCAUCUAAUGCAAUUAAGAGAGACAUUGUAUUUUCAGUCAGUCUGUACACCAAAAUGUAGGACUUUGGUCAGUGUUUCUGUUAGUAGGUCUAUAUGUGUGUAUGAACUCUGUACAUCUAAUUUAUUUCUUAUCAAUUUGGUUGAAAACGCUUAUAUUACAUUUAAUUUUAUGGAAUGGAUAAUGUGCAAUUUAUUGCAGAUGUUCUUCUGGUUGUGAGAAAUUAAUUAAUGAAUGGUUGUGAACUGAACUGGGUUAUUCCCAAUUUCAUGUAGGUAUUUGCUGCCAAAAGCCACAUUAU